AUGCCGCUCAUCUAUGGUGAAGGUCGCAAGAAGGCGCUAAUUCGGCUGAAGAAAGAGGCUCAAGAGACACAGAAUCCCCCAUCAGUCUUGUCCAAAGACAUUCGAACGGUUUCCUUGUUCGCAACGAGUGAAAAUCGGCCAUUCAAAACCUUCACAUCGUCUUUUAAUGAUGCACCCGUUGAUCUGCUCCCAAUCCACUUCAUGGAGCGUGAGCGAGAGCUGGGUCUCGUUCGAAAUGCUCAUCAGGCCAGCGAAGAAAAUGCGCCCGCUCGCUGUGCUAUUUGGGGUAUACCAGGUGUCGGUAAGACACAGCUUGCAAUACGAUAUUCAAAAAUAUUCUUGGAAGACGCAACAGUAUCAGCUGUGUUCUGGAUGUCCUGCACCAAUGUAGAAAAGUUGCAUCAAGGCUUCUCAAAACUACUAAACCUUAUCGACCAUCCCGAUCAAUUUAAACCGGAGCAGAACGCACGAGUCGUAGCGGCUCGUCGCUGGCUGGAACAGCCUGAAGUCAGUGGAAUACUCCGUUGGCUUCUCGUUCUCGACAAUGUUGACAUAUCAACAAUUGACUUUCUUCGCGAAAACUUACCGCGACAAGGCAAACAUGGUCGAAUCCUCAUCACUACGCGGACCGAAGCUGUUGCUCAUGUUGUUUGCAAAGCUUCUGGAAGGUUGCAGCUAUUUUUGGAACUUGAACCACCAGCAGUGGAGAACGCAAUUACCUUCUUCCUCAAAUCAGUAGGGGUUAGCGAAAACUCAAUGUCGAGUGUUAGCCGACACCAAGUUACUGACUUAAUGAAAUUUCUUGGAUGUCUACCCUUCGCCAUAGAGCAUGCUGCGUCUUUCAUGACUCAGUCAUCCCAGACCAUCGAUAGUUUUACGAGAUUGUACCGAGGCAACGAAAAAUCUCAUAUUCUCAAUUGGCGAAGCUUAUUCUCAGCUUACGAAGCAAAGUCGGUCUCGGGCAUGUUUACGUCCCAUCUUCAUGAUCUGAGGCGGUCGAAUCCCGAGGUCCUUGGUUUGCUCAAUAUACUCGUGUUUUGGGACCCUGAUGGAAUCGAAUUUGAAACUAUUAAAACCGGCGCUUUAUCCCUGCAUUCUCUGUUUGAACCGACCCAGGAGCCUUCAGAAUCGGAACAAAAUCGGCAUUGGACACAGUGGUUUGCGCGGAGUCUGAUGAGGAUCCUGUAUUUUGGGUUCGCUUUCAACAACAAAACCCCAGCGACGGAUGCUUCAAACUUGAAACCCGGAAAAACUGCAUUGCCAUCUACAGAGCAGGGAUCAUUGAUCAAACUGGUGUCCUCUGAAGUACAACUCCAAAGCGCUUUACAGCAACUUCAGAUGCUCUCCUUUAUCAAACGGCGGUCGGCGCACGAGGGAGGAGCAUAUUGCAUGCAUGAUCUCACCCAGACUUUGGUUCAAGUGGCUCUUGAAUCGGAAGGUACAUAUCUACAAUGGUUUAGAUGCUCGGUCAGAAUUGUCUGCGGAGCAUUUCGUCAGAUUGAAGACCCUGCUCUGCCCGAGUCUUGGAGUCGAUACGAAGGCUUGAUCUCGCACAUCCUAUCGUUGAUAAAGUACAGUGAGUUGGUGGACCCCAAGAACGUCGACCUUUUAACAGCACGUACAGCCAUAGCUGCGUACUGGUGUAACCGUGGUAGAUACUACGAGGCUCGCGAGGCUUAUCAGCAACUACUACGGAUCGGCAGCAAUGUGCUUCAUGAUGCCGAUAUCGAAACUCAGUGGAAGCUUGGUCUUGCGGAAGUCAAUUGGCACCUAGGCAAACUCGAUGAAUCGAUAUUGCUCUAUGACGAAGUACGGCAGAUUCGAGAGUCGCGACUUGGUGCCGAUCACCCUGAUACCCUACAUGCUGUAGAAAAAUUGGCACUCGUAUAUCGGUCGCAAGCCCGGUUUGCAGAAGCUCGCUCAAUGCUAGAACGUGUCCUCGAGAGUCGCAAAACGAGCCUAGGACCAGACCACCUUGAUACUAUUCAGGCGAUUGAAUAUCUGGCUAUGACUAUUAAUGAAUACGCUGAAGCUGAAAACGCUGAAGCUUAUGCUGAAGCCGAAAGUCUACAUAAGCAGGCAUUGGCUCAUCGAGAAGCUCAGUUAGGCGUAGACCAUCUCGACACUUUGUGGACAGCUGAUAGUCUUGCAACUAACUAUCGAGCUCAAGGCCGACAUUUGGAAGCAGUGGAGAUCUACGAAAGAGUUCUCGAGGGACGCAAAUUACAAUUGGGAGAGGAUCACCCGCAGACCAUCUGGACACUCGCCAACAUCGCAUCGGCAUAUACUAGUCUAGGUCGCUGGAACGAGGCCGAGGUAAUGUGGAAACAAGCAAUCGUCUACAAUGAGCAACGGCGAGGCCAUAAUCACUCGCAAACUCUCUUCGCAGUAGAGGGCCUCGCCGAUGUCUACCAUCAGCAAUCACGCUUUGAUGAAGCAAUAAACCUGUAUAACCGAGCGUUACGUGGCAAUGAAGAAAGCCUAGGAAAUGGGCAUCCAAGCGUCAUGCGGAAAAUGCAUAAGUUAGCGAAUCUCUACCGAGACCAGAACGAUUACAUCAAGUCGAUCGCAUUGUUCGAGAGGCUUCUAGAGCGUCGUAAGACCAGAUUAGGAUCUGGACAUCCAGACAUGCUUCGAACAUACCACGAUGCGGCCACCUUAUAUACUCUUAUGGGCAAGUAUAUCGAGGCGGAACAGUGUUACAGACUAGAGUUAGCAGGAAGUAUUGAAGAGCUCGGGGGCCUGCACCCUGAAACCAAGAAACGUGAGCUAAAUCUCGCUACCUUCUUGAGAGAUCAGGCCGAAGCAGCUGAAGGCGGAGCGCAAGGAGCUGUUGCAAAUGAAGAAGUUACGUCGGCUCAGCAAAGCCUAAAUGAUAGACAAGAAUAA